CUUUGACGGCAAAAAUUACUUUGCAGUGGAGUGGAGCGAUAAAUAAUAAGGUUUUGUGUGUUACUAACUUUGUGAAAAAAAAGGACUUUGCAAAGCAAAAAGUUGCGCGCAAGUGUCGCAUGACGCACGCAUUCGCAUCCAGUCUGCCGGAGCCUUCACUCCGAAAGUGUCCUCGCGGAGUAGUUUCGUUGCGUGUCUUGCUGAUUUUUCUUCUCCCGAGUUUGGCUCCGUUUCUCCGGAAUCGCUCUGUUCGUCCCGUUGUUUCUGUUGCUCCGUCCAUUUUCCUGCCUCAAUUGUCCUAACGGCGUUCAGUUCUUGAGGGGGGUUCCAUUCGGCCGAACAUUUCAUCACCGUACGACUGAGGAGGUCGAAGGGGCCGGGACUGGGAAAAAGAUCCGUUUCAAUCCCACCUCCCGAUUUCCGGAGAGAGACAGAGAGGGUGGCAGGCAGACCGCCCCGUCCCCAUAGCCGUCUUUAGUGUUGUGCUUGUGUCGGGUUUCUCUACCCAGCGCCAUGAGUUUUCUGUUCCGCUCGAGCAAAACAUUCAAACCAAAGAAAAACAUCCCGGAGGGAACACAUCAGUAUGAUCUUAUGAAACAUGCGGCCGCCACGCUCGGUUCCGGUAAUCUGCGAAAUGCGGUCCAACUUCCCGACGGGGAGGAUCUCAACGAGUGGGUGGCCGUUAAUACGGUCGACUUCUUCAAUCAGAUCAACAUGCUGUACGGUACGAUCACAGAGUUCUGCACCGAGGACACGUGCGGGAUUAUGUCAGCGGGACCCAAGUACGAGUAUCAUUGGGCAGACGGGCAGACGGUCAAGAAGCCGAUCAAGUGCAGCGCGCCGAAGUACAUCGACUACCUGAUGACGUGGGUACAGGAUCAGCUCGACGAUGAGACGCUCUUCCCAUCCAAGAUCGGCGUUCCGUUCCCGAAGAACUUCAUCAAUAUUGCCAAAACGAUCCUGAAACGAUUGUUUCGCGUGUACGCUCACAUCUACCAUCAGCACUUCUCCGAGGUGGUCCGGUUGAGCGAGGAAGCCCACCUCAACACAUCCUUCAAGCACUUCAUCUACUUCGUGCAGGAAUUCAGCUUGAUCGAUCGCCGAGAGCUCGCGCCGCUGCAGGAUCUGAUCGAAAAGCUCAUCACGAAAGAUGGGCGAUAAGAUGGCGAGAUGGGCGGCGGUUCGAUAGUAGCCACCGAUGUCGAUUUGUCCUUUAACUGCCAAGACGAGGCCAAAACCAGCAACGGAACCCUUGCUUCUUUCCUUUCUUGAACAACUACUUCACUGGAGCAUCUCCUCACCUCACCUCAUCACCACGCACCUGUCACCCUCGGUCGGUGAGCCGAGGGUCUAAUUUAUUUUUCUUUUAGCCCAUUUCCAACAAAAGCGCUCGAAUUUUUACGAUUAAUUGUACGAAACUUAGUGUUAAGCUGCUCUGUGUUAAGGUUCGCGGGCACGUAAAGGCGUUUUAUGAAAACGUGAAGCGUAUGUUCGUCCUGUAGCUACUCCGCCCUGCCCUGGCCAGCCUAUGACCUAUCGGACGGGCUUCUCUCGUAAUGUAUAUACAACUAUCUCUGUAUACCGUUGAUGGAGCAAACACUUUGUGGCGUGCGGUGCGGCGCUGUCUCACGUCCUUCCAUUGCUUUUGGUUCAUUUGUGUUUUGUUCGGCAGCCUCCUUUCUCGCAGUGUUGCGCUUCGUUCGCUGUGGAGGCGAAAUGUGCAAAUGAAAGCUUUCACGUUGCUUUCCGUCACAUGAAGCUAGUUUAUACUAUGCACCGGAGACCAGUACUUUUGAUAACUGCAGGAGUCGAAGGUAUCACGCUACGAGCCGCGUACAAGAGUAGGGAUCAAAACUAUGCUACAAGCAUGAGCGCCAAAAACGACUGAUAAAAACCAGGGAAAACGAGAACGAAAAAGCGGCACAGAAAUGACUGGCCACGACAAGCUAUAGUAAUAGAACGUUUGUUCUUUUUUAUAUGAUAAUAAUGCAGCAACUAGAAGACUCAGCAAACAGCAGCAGGGAAUAGAGCGAACGAACAAAAAAAAGUGUAUGACGAAUGGGCCCGCAUGUACGGUUGCCGUGCCGUUUGUAAAGAAAUAGCGUAUAAGAGAAGAGCACUUUUAGAUUUCAGAACGGUAACGGAAAAUAAAAUGGAACUGUGUAAGAGCCUGACGGUGUAGCAACGGCGCGGCGCGGCCAUGUGAACGCAUUAAAAGUACGAUAACUCUGUAAAUUCGGUCUUUGCAGUCUCCAUACAACGUCCGAAUUUUUCAGCGUGCCACCUCCCAAGUGUGUCGUGUCAUAUCAUAUCAUCCCCUGACCAUGGUCAAUCGAAUCGUUCCAAAGGUUGACGAAUUCAUUCCCCCUUCCUUUGGUUUUGAUAGGCAUUGUGGCGACGAUAAGGAUUAUGUUGUCGGUUGAAUGAUCGCGAUUAACGAACCACCAUCACCACCUACCGGUGCUGCGAUUUAUCUCCUUUUGCACUAAAUACCACC